AUGAUUUACAAAAUAAGUAGUGAUAGCAGUUGGCGUUCAGAACUUUACGGUUCUUGGAAUGUUACACAUGGCUUCCAAAAGAGGAAGGAUUUUAAUGAUGUAACUGCUCUGAGAAGACACAACUUACAGGGUUACCAACUAAAGAUUUGCUAUGUCCUGACUGAUCAUGACAGUAUCAACCAUUUAACAGAUCAAGUCAAUGACCACAUCGAUACCAUCACCAAAGUAAACUUCCCGACGACUAAUCAUCUCUUGGACUAUUUGAAUGCCGAUAGAAAGUACUUCUUUGCUAAUACGUGGGGAUAUCGCCUUAAUGGCACUUGGAAUGGAAUGACGGGAUAUCUGGUGCGAGGUGAAGUUGAUAUUGGAGGAUCACCAAUGUUCUUCACAAUAGAACGUAUACCAUACGUGGACUACAUAUCAAGUCCCACGCCCACACGAUCGAAGUUCGUUUUCCAGGAACCGAAGUUGUCGUACGAAAAUAAUUUGUUUCUACUCUCAUUUCGCACCACGGUGUGGUACAGCACUUUGGCACUAAUAUUCAUAUUGUUUCUGGCUUUGUUCCUUGUCACUUAUUGGGAGUGGAAGGCAAGAAGAUAUAUUGAAUCGAGAGAAACAGACUCUGCGAUUUUAAGACCUAAUAGAGAUGUUGUCAUUUUGAUCUUUGGUGCCACUUGUCAACAAGGCAGUCCUGUGGAGCUGAAAGGGUCUUUGGGACGUAUCGUAUUGCUGAUAUUAUUUUUGACCCUGAUGUUCCUCUACACAUCGUACUCAGCCAACAUCGUCGCGUUGCUGCAGUCAAGCUCUUCAAAGAUACGCACAUUGGACGACCUUCUUCAUUCGAGAAUAAAAUUUGGAGUCCACGACACCGUAUUUAAUAGAUAUUACUUCUCU